UGUAUUGCUCUCACUGCCUUCUAACAUUGGUUAGGUACCUUUACGGGGAAUGAACUAUACCUCGCCUGUGCUCAGGAAACUGUAUAUAUACCCUGAAUUCCUUGAAUAAAACGUUGUUAAGUUAUACCCACAAGCUGGCGUACUUGUCUCUCCCAAGAAGCUCUACCACCCGGUUACCCACCCUAGAGUAUACACGAUACUCUACAGCUGUCUGUAUAUAUAACCUCCAAUCCCAAUCCAAUCACUUGUUAUCAAUGGACGGUGGUUGAGUUUUAAGUUGAACGCUUAUUGAUAAAUAUUUAUUUUUUAAAUCUAUACGUAAAGAAAACAUGGUUUCUCUUUCACAAUCGAUUAUGUCUACCUCUUUAUCUUUUGAUGUUAUGAAAUGUCAAUGAAAUGUGUAUCCAUAAAUGGUUUAUUUAAACUAGAAAUAUCAUCACCAAGUUGGUUAAUUUGAUGGAAAAUUAAUAGCGAGUGGUCGCUUGGCGUUUCAAACGAGGAGAACUUGACUACACUACCAUUAAGAUUAUUCUUCUAAAAAAUUAGAAAUGCCUCUUGAAAAGUCCUUUUCUCCAUUACCAUUAGAGGAGUUGUGCCUCUUGGCUGUAAUACGAUGCCUUGAAACAGACCUUAUACUAUGUGAAGUAGCUAGAGGCUUACAAGCUAAUUCAUUACUUCUUCGAAGGAGAGAUUUAAGUACAGCAAGAAUUUCUGAAGAGCUUCGUGAGUACUUGGCUUUCUUGCCAGGUACUUUAAGUGAAAUGGUCCGACAAAAGAUCACAAACAAAGUUUUGAAAAAGUAUGCAAAAAUGUCACAACCUCAAACACCUCCUUUAGGUCUACCUCUUCAUACAAUGACUGUUCGUUUACUAGAAAUAGUUUUGGAUGAUGAGGUCCAAACGUUUGAUCUGUCAGAUUUUCAGCCUGUUAUAAGGACAGCUCAGUUCAGGCCUCAACCAGGUGUUCCAGAAGUGUGGGAACUUGUACUUGAUCGAUGCUGCGGGCUUCGAAAGUUUUCAUUACCACCUCUAUUGUGUACCACGCUUGGUAUUAACAUGAGUGGCUUUCUGAAAUCUCUUGCUCAGCAGUGCAAUAAACUCACAGAAAUUGUUCUCAAAGAUGCUGUACACGACAGCAGGGUACUUGCUGCAAUUGCUAAAAACUGUCCUUGUGUGAGGCUGCUUGACAUAUCAGGCUCAAAUAUUUCUUGUAUGGAUAUUCUUUUCCUUAUUUUUCCUGUGAGUGCCAAGAUUUCACAUGACAUGAAGGCACCACAAUUGGCUAAACUGAAGUUGCUAGCAAUGCAGUCUACUCCCUUUCCAAUGACCUCUCUUAAUGGCUUGUGUGCAACCAUGAGAGACCUGAUACUCACAAACACAAAGGUACGAGCUCUUGGAGCAUACUUUGCCCUGAAGUAUAUGCCCAACAUUACAUCCCUUGGAGAUUUUGUGUUUGCAACUGCUGUGUUGAAAAAGCUUUCUCAAGAGUCAAAAAAUAAAUUUGCCUUAAAACAGAUUUUUUACCGCGGACCAUCUUGUGAAAAAGUUAAACUUAUUGGUACAUCAUGCCCUGAUCUAGAAAUCUUACACCUUGGAUCUGAUGAUGCUAAGCGUUUGAAUUUUAAGCAAUUAUCAAAGCUACCGAAACUUCGGAAAUUAACCUUAGAGUUAGCAUUUCCUGUAGAUAUUGGUCCAGAACUAGCCCAUCUAUCCCAACUUUGUGAAUUACAGCUUCAAGUCCCCAAUGUUGAUGUUGGGCUCAUAGUUGAAUCAUGUCCACUUCUGCAGAAGUUAGUACUAACUCAUGAGCCUCUAAAAACUGUAUCAGUAUCUCAUGAUAAAGAAAAACCAUUGCUGCUUCAUCUGGAAGAACUGCAGCUUGAAUGUCAAAUAUCAUUAAAUGCAGCAGCUUUACUUUUAACUCGAGCUCCUCAACUAAAAGUAGUCAAACUGGUACGAAUUAAGAAACUCACAGAUCGUGUCCUACGAGAGUGGCUUGAAAUCAAUCCAUUUGAACACUUGGAAACUUGGCUUUUGGGAUAUUCUCAACUGACCAUCAGAAGUGUAUCUAGGCUACUGGACCACUGUCCGAGGUUGUCUACUCUAGGACGCUUAUCUGGUUGGGAUGUAAGAUCCUGGGAAUCUAGACGUCUACAAAGAACUUGGCAGGAAUACCAAAUAAAUUUAGUCCAUUUUUCACAUAAGCAAAAUGAUGUGGCGCAAAUCAUGGAUGCCACUGUAAGUUCUGAUGAUGAAACUCUUCAGUGAAGAAACUUCUACUCUUCUAAGGAGAAGAACUCGGUACACUUACCUCUUCCAUUAGUUGCAUCUUUAUCAUUACUUUUGAUGAAAGUAUUUAAUUAACCUUGCUGUUUUUAAAAAACGAAACACACCUUACUUGUGUUUAAGUACAGACUGUAUUCCUCAGUAAAAUUAAGAUUACUUAUGGAUAACUGCAUAUUGUUUUAAGACGUUGAGGAACAGUCGCCGUUGUGGUUACCUCAUUCUUUCCAACUUUCUACCAUAUUUGUUGCAUCAAGAUCUGUUCAAAAGUCUUAGAAUAUUCUCCUUGUGUGCAUCCUUAACUACCUGAUGACUGGCAUGUUUGUUUACUGAGAGAUAAGUGCUAGGCACCAUAUCAGUUAACUUAUCCUGAAUUAUUUUGUGAUCUCUGUGUCUGUGAUAGAAAUAUUUUAUUGGAACUAAGACAGAGUGACCGUGCAAUCAGUUUUCAAAUUUGUUGACUUUUGGAGGUAUUUCUUGUGGAACUCUCUGCUGCUACCAAAAGCUCAAAAACAAGUUGGAGCAAGAUUCAGUCAUAUUCCUUGACUUUGAGGUUGCGUGGCCACCCUGUAAGAACUCUCUGCCUGUAUUGUGUUCAUUGCCAUGAUUGUUUAGCAAUAUUACUUAAUAUGAAGACCUUCACAAUUAAACCUUAUCCUCUUGCCAUAUCACUUAUUUUGUCCCCCAAUAACUUAGUAGAUAUGGUAGUUUAGGUAAAAUGUUAUGGUUAAUUUAUUUCCUUGAAAUAAUUAUCAAUACAUAAUGCAUGUUAAAAAAAGCUCCAAAUACAGAAAUCUUACAAAAAUA